UCUGUAUAAAAUCCGGCGAGUUGGGUUCCCAUUUUUUCACAGAAGCACCCUGGGAGCCUCCUAAACAUUCCCAGUAAAUUUGGUGCAACAAAAAUGAGUUUUUUCUUUAAAUAAAAUAUAAAUGAUUUUUUUUAAUUUCUUCGCACGACUACAAAAAAAACAUUGCUUAUGUAGUAGUAAAUUCCGCGCACACCACUAUAGAAUGCACCACACAACUAAAGCUGACUCACACCACUACAAACCGCACAUUUUGCGCGCCCUCUAGUGGUAAAAAUUGACCGGAAUAUAAAAGAAUCCUUUCACAUACACACACACAAAUAAUUCAAAAUAUCAUCAACCGAUGCACUUUUUCCGAAACUUUUUCAUAAACUUUUUAAUCCUUAGGAAUUAUUGCUCGUGAAGGACUAAAAAAGUAGUUGAAAAGACGACAAGAAGCAAUAUCUACAGAUCGAGGCGCCCCAAAAAAGUUUUUCCCAGAAAAUAAAUAAAUAUUUUAAAUUUUUUCCGCAGCACAAACAUUUCACGCACACACUCAAAAAAAAACUCACCUCACUCACCUACACAAAAUGCCAGAGUGAGAGAAAAGUACUUUUCUCAUGCCAUCUCGUGAGAAAAAAAAUGUGGUCACUGUAAGAGCGAAGUAAAUUCGCUUACCCGAAGCAGUCGUUGUUUGUUUCAUGAAAAAAAUUAUUUUGUCAAACAUUUUGUAAACAUAAAACUUCGAAAUUAUGGAAAUUAUAGAAAAAUUCUCGGAUUUCUCGUGUGCAAAAAUCCGCUUAACGCACAUUAUAAAAACUUCAACAUUAUUAUCAUAUAUGUUAAAUUCAUUAUGUAAAUACGAGAAUUAUUUUAAUAAUUAGUAUGAGUAUCAGCAAGGUGGCGGUCCACAUGGGUCAGUAGACCCGAAGACCUUAGGGAGGGGUGGGAGAGAGAAAAAAAAAUGAGUAUCAGCAAUCAGAGUUCAGUUUAUUUCUUCAUCUUACUCCAUCGCUAUGAUCAGAGUUUUAUGCCUAUCUGAGUCCUAUUUACAUUUUUAGCGCUAUACUACGAUACCAUGUUUAUACAGGGCAAACAUGUAGAUAAAAAAACGGAUAAUGCGAUAAAAUUGCAAAAACCUUGCAUUUUGAGUGAGACAAUAGAAACGUUUUUAAGUUUAUAAGAUUCAAAAUUGUUCCACGAUUUUUUUGAUAUAUCGUUUCUACAAAAAUAGGACUUUGUAUCGUCAGUCGGGAAGCAGCAUUGCAUUGUUUUCUCCAAGACUAAUAUUUGGAAAACUCUUAUUAACUAUUCACGUGAUAUAAAAAUAUUCCGCCAAGUCCAGUAGUGGCUUUAAAAAUGUUCUUUGAUUGCAAAGUAUGUGUUAAAAUUGGAAACAUGUGAAUUUGCUGGAAAAUGCGUUUAAAAUGAUUGGGAAAAUAUAUAUUUACGAUUGAAAUCAAAACGCUUUCGUGAAAAUUCGUGGAGUUUCGCUGUUUUUCCGCAGCAUGUUUCAUAUGAAACAUUGAAACAUUGGCGUGAAACGUUUUUUGUCUCUGUCUCCCAGGUCAUUUACCCGUGCGUGUUCUCUGGUGUGUCGAAAUAAAUCCAUUUUCUCCCAAAUAUUUGUGCGAAUUUCUACAGAAAAACACUCAAAGUGGCACCGUGGAUGUGCAUAAAAUGUGUUUUGUGUGAAAUUUGAUGGACAGCAGCCGUGUGAAGUGGUGAAAAGUUGAAUUUUGAAAUCUGUGCAAAAGGUGAAGGAGCAGAAUAUUGACAAUUUUCUCUUUGGGGCGACCACAAGUGAGCAAAAGCAAGUGGUCGGAUAAAGUGCCCUUUUCGCACAUUUCCCCCAAUUUUACGACGUAGAGGAGUACAGUGUCGUUUUCAAAAGCUGCUUGGGCAUCGUGAGACAAAAAUACUAAAAAAAAAAGAAAUCCAGAUUGAUGACUCUUAUGCUGUUUUAAUCCAAGACCUGAAGCAGAAAUUUACGUGUCUUAUUGAAAUAGAUAAAACGGAGGAAUAAAGGAUACGCUGAAGAAAAGCCGGAGAAGUAGAUAAGAGCUAAAGGAUGGUGAAAAUGUUGGAAAUGCCGUUUGACGGUAUUCUGUUUUAAAAAAAAAUCGAAAGAGAAUAGCAAAGUUUUGCGAGGAUUGUGGAGGACGAGAGAGUGUGUGAAAGUUGAAUCACCAAAAUAGAUUAAUUGGAUUCACCAGUAAAAAAAUCAUCUGGAGGAGGACCCUUCGAUAAGGGUACCAGGGGGAGUGUUGCAGUACUCCGGGGAGGAAUUUCUUUAUCAUCCGGCUGGCAAGAUUACUAUGCUAAUGGAUAAAACAAAUCAAAAAUUGGCAAUGUACGUGUGCAGUUCGGGCACAGAUUUAUCCCGACAGCGCCAUGCACCGCUAUAUGGGCGUCUCGUGGCGGAAGAACAUCUUCCAGCGACGCAUCGUGAGAUCGUUCAAAGGUUGGGAUCGCCAGCAGCCUCAUCAACAGAUAUCCGUGCAAUGCAAUCGCGCAUCCCGAUGCACUUCCGUGAAUCUUCAACGGCACCCCUAAGGAAAUUGAGUGUAGACCUCAUAAAGACCUACAAGCACAUCAAUGAGGUGUACUAUGCGAAGAAAAAGCGACGUGCACAACAAACACACUGCGAUGAUUUAUCACACAAGAAGGAGCGAAAACUCUACAAUGAUGGCUACGAUGAUGAUAAUCAUGACUACAUUAUAAAGCACGGAGAGAAAUUUCUCGAUAGAUAUGAAAUUGAUUCAUUGAUUGGUAAGGGGAGCUUCGGGCAAGUGGUAAAGGCGUUUGAUCACGAGGAAAAGUGCUAUGUGGCGAUUAAAAUUAUAAAGAAUAAGAAGCCAUUCUUGAAUCAGGCACAAAUUGAAGUGAGACUUCUUGAAAUGAUGAAUAGAGCUGACACGGAAAACAAAUACUACAUCGUUCGACUAAAGAGGCAUUUCAUGUGGCGAAAUCACCUCUGCCUAGUAUUUGAACUUCUAUCCUAUAAUUUAUACGAUCUGCUGCGUAAUACAAAUUUUCGUGGAGUAUCACUUAAUUUAACCCGAAAAUUUGCUCAACAAUUAUGUACUGCAUUACUUUUUUUAAGUACCCCCGAACUGAGUAUAAUCCACUGUGAUCUCAAACCAGAGAAUAUUUUAUUAUGUAAUCCCAAGCGAUCCGCAAUUAAAAUAGUAGAUUUCGGAAGUUCAUGUCAACUCGGACAGAGGAUAUAUCAAUACAUCCAAUCGCGCUUUUACCGCUCUCCUGAAGUCCUGCUCGGCAUCCCAUACGACUUGGCCAUUGAUAUGUGGUCACUUGGGUGCAUUCUCGUGGAAAUGCAUACGGGUGAACCACUAUUUUCUGGCUGCAACGAGGUUGAUCAGAUGAAUAAGGUGGUGGAAGUUCUGGGUAUGCCCCCAAAACAUCUUCUCGAUCAGGCACACAAGACCCGGAAAUUUUUCGAUAAACUCCCAUCGGAUGGGAGCUAUGUGCUCAAGAAGAAUCACAAUGGGCGCAAAUAUAAACUUCCUGGCACACGGAAGCUCCAUGAGGUGCUCGGUGUGGAGACAGGUGGUCCCGGUGGUCGUCGUUCUGGUGAACCGGGACAUUCUGUAUCUGAUUAUCUCAAAUUCAAAGAUCUUAUCUUUCGAAUGCUGGAAUUUGAUCCGAAAUUGCGCAUUACACCGUACUAUGCCUUGCAACAUAAUUUCUUCAAACGAACUUCCGACGAGAGCACCAAUACCAUCAAUUCGGUCAACAGUAGUCCAUCUGUUAAUUUACAGGACCAACUCAUACACGGUAUGUCCGCAGGAAGAUCUCAGGGAGGUGGGGAUUUUAGAUUGGUGUAAAUUGAGUGGGAGAGGGGCAACUGCAAGAAAAAGGGACCUUGUGUCAACGAUAGCCAAAUAGAAAUGAUGAUAAAGGAAGAAUAAAAAAAAUGGAAGAAAAAAAGAAAGAUCACAAGUUAUUAAAGUACUCUGGGGAAUGGAGAAGGAUUUCUUUACCCAUACAGCUCAUACACGAUUGAGGACACGUUUUCCACAGAAAGUACGAAAAUUAAAAAAAAAUUAGUUUAUUUAAAAAAAAAAAGAAAUUAUUUCAUUUUUCGACUUAAUUUUCAAAUGCAUUGGUUUCUUAAAGAUUUUCUAUUUUAAGAAUUAUCCUUUUUGCAAAAUUCAAUUUUGGAGGAGUUUCUUCUGAGAAGGAAAUCCUCUACAGACGAUCAUAAUAAGGUAUCCUAAAUGAAUGAACAAAAAUUAUUAUAAUAAUUUUAUGUAUACGUAUCCUUGCUAAAUGAUUAGGCAUUUUGAUCGUUUGACACUAGUUUGUUUUAAGGAAGUAUUAUAUCUAUAAAAUUAAUAUGUAAAAAGAACAUACAAGUUUUAUGGUGAGAUAUGAAUGAUGAUGGAAGAUUUAUGAAAAAAAAAGAAUGGAUAUUUUCUUUUAAAAGACGCUAGCUUCUACUAAAUAUAAAUUUACUAAACGCCCUUGGCUAUAAUACAUAAUACAUUGUAAAUUCCUUAACAACUAGUGGCACCUGGUCUAGAUGUUUGAAUGAUAUUUAGCAAGAACCAACCUUUUUUUUAGGCAACUUUUAUUUUAUAUAACCUAAUUAAUUUAUCAUUUCGCUAUUUAAACACAAAAGAAAAAAAUCUUAGAGAGUAUUUUCUGAAUUAGACAAAAAAAUAUUAAAAAUGAAUUUAUUUAACGUGAGAGAAAAAAAUAGAUAAAUUAAUUUAAUUAACAAGAAAGAAAAAGAAUUUCUUAUAUGCUUGAAAUUUGUCCCAAUCGUAUCAUCCAUCAACAGGGGAUGUAGAGAAAAACUAAAAAGAACCCACGGCGAUCACAUGGGUCAUCGCCAAUUAGUGUGGAUUAAUAUAGUAUGUGUGUGUUGCAGGAAAAUUUUGCGAGAGUGGUUUUAUGUGCGAAAUUUAGAAGAAAAACACAAUUUUAAAAGGAAAUUACUUUUCCCCUUUCCGCAAAAAGUCUCGCAGACGAAAUAUGAAAGUAUAAUGACGAAUGUAAAAUCCUUUUAAAAACAAAAAAAAAUAAGAGAUGGCACCCCAUUACUUGCCUAUAUGGAGAUUGAAGCCGAAAGGAACCCAAAAGGAUGGCCAUUCCAAAAAAAAGUGUCCCAAUCACAUUUUCCGGGAGCAACAUCUGGUGAAUAAAUAAUUUAAAAAAAAAGGAAAUCUAAUGACUUGAUUUCUGCGGGGAUUAGACAACAAAAAAUAUUUUUGUAUGUCGCAAAAAACGCGCAAGCCAAGCUCCAAUGUAAUGGAGUAAAAAAAUAAUACGUCUAGAAUUUUUUUUCUUUUGGUAAGCCACGAAGAAUUAUUUAAAUCAUAAAAAAAUGAUAAAACAAUGAGAAAACAACAUGAAUAUUUAUAAUAAAAAAGAGAAGAAAUGAAUGAGUGAAGUGAAAGAUAAUGAAUAAAAAACAACUAAAUAGUAAUUAAAUAUUCAAAUGUAAAUUCAUUUUAGUAAUUAUUUGAAGAAAAACAAUAAAGUAAAAUAGUUGUAAUUUCCAAUAUAAA